AUGAAAGUUGUUAAGGAACUGAGUGCAUGUGGCGGCAAGUUGAUCAAGCUGUCCCACGACUCGAUCUCUACCAAGACUAGAAUGAACGUCAAUGUCUAUCUGCCCAAGCAAUACUACGCUCAGGAUUUUCCAAGAGACAGGCGUAUUCCCACGGUGGUUUAUCUCUCCGGUUUGACGUGCACACCAGAUAACGCUUCCGAGAAGGCGUUUUGGCAGUUUCAGGCUGAUAAAUAUGGGUUCGCAAUGGUUUUCCCAGAUACUUCCCCCCGUGGUGACAAAGUCGCCAAUGAUCCUGAGGGCUCAUGGGAUUUCGGACAAGGCGCAGGAUUCUAUGUUAACGCCACCCAGGAUCCGUAUGCCCCACACUAUCAGAUGUAUGACUAUGUCCAUAAGGAGCUUCCACAAACGUUAGAUGCGCAUUUCAACGGGAACGGUGUUGCUAAAUUGGAUUUCCAGGACGACGUUGCCAUUACGGGGCACUCGAUGGGAGGGUUUGGCGCUAUUUGCGGGUAUUUGAAGGGAUAUGCCGAAAGGAAAUACAAAUCCUGUUCUGCGUUCGCGCCUAUUGUAAAUCCUUCGAAUGUUCCCUGGGGCCAAAAGGCCUUUGGGGGUUAUCUGGGCGACGAGAGAACCCAAUGGCAGGCAUACGAUCCGUGUGCACUAAUCAAGAACGUUAAGCAUGUGAACGACGACAAGAUUUUGAUCCAUGUCGGGGAUGCAGAUCCCUUUUUGGAAGAGCACCUGAAACCGGAACUGCUGCUCGAAGCAGUGAAGGCUACUUCAUGGGAAGACCAUGUGCAAGUGAAAAAAGUGCACGGGUUUGACCAUUCCUACUACUUCGUCAGCACUUUUGUCCCAGAACAUGCUGAGUUCCAUGCCAAAAACUUGGGCUUGAUUUGA